GGAGGACGGAGCCAUCUUGUUUUAUUUCCGUUCUGGAAUACAUUGGACAGGCCGAAUGAAAAACAGGGCUUAAUAAUAAUAAUGAUGUAGCUCGUUAUCUAUCAUAUAUUUCCACCUCUUUGAAUGGCUAGGACCUAUCUUUGGCGCUGAUAGGUUCGAAGCAAACGUUGGAUCAGGUCUCGGUUUAUUUUAUUUCUGAGUAGAGGAGUUACUAUGAAUGGAGGAUAAAUGUUGCCAAAGGCUGACAGCAGCAGUUACGUCCUUCUCUCUUUGCUCUUCGUCCUCACUUUAACAGACCCACCACGAACAGGUAAGACCGGUGAAAUGCAAUUGGUGGUCAUUUUUGUCAGCUAGCUUGCUUAUGUAUGUAUACCCGUGUGCUAUGGUAGGCCUAAUUGUACGGUAAUUUAGCUAGUGUAGAUGGCGUUUCUAGCUAGCUUAUCCACUGGUCUCAAUUUUUGCCGCUGCCUUUGCUGAAUAGCGCGUGGUGUUGUUAUGGCUCGCUGGCUAGCUCACUUACUGCGUAGCUAGCUAACUUUAACGUAAAUUAUUUUAUUUUUAGAAAAUGAGUUCUAUGGGGACAUGAUUGAAUAUUGAGCUGUAACUAGUUAGCUAUAUUUUGCCGUUCCAUCGUCGGUGUGGUUUACACUUUGCUCGAGAGAACGUUUACAAGUUAUAGCUAGCCUGCUGAAAGUCUAGCAUUACUAGUUAGCGGCUUUAGUUGUAGAUGCGUGAAUGUGGGUGCUCCACUUUAUUUCCAGAACCCAGUACUAGCUAGUGUUGUCACGAUACCAGCAUUUUGACUUCGAUAACGAUAAUAGGUUUAGUAUCACAAUACUCGAUACCAAAACAAUACCACGGGGGAAAAAAUAAUAUUAGUCACAGAAUCGCACUUGAGAUCCAGACAGAAAAACUCAGUUUGUAAAUUAGCUACUGAUCUGGGCCCGAUUAUCGCUAAAUCUCCGAGCUGUUUCCCAAAAACAUCGUUACUAAAGUUGCACAUGAAAACGCUCGUUAUUUACCGACUGCCUCAGACGACUAGUAGAAUAACUAGCUAAACGCGUCCUUAGAUGCUCUUCGAUUAUUUGGGUUUAAUGCUGUAACACAGAAUAAAACAAUUAAAAGUCCCAUGAUGGUAGUGACUGCCCAUUAUUGCUUGUCACUUAUUAACCAUUUAUUCACAUUACUUUACUUUAAUAAAAUAUUUCAGUUUUGUAUAUUACAUUUGUUUUAUUUGAUUACUUUAUUUCAUUUCAAGUAAUCUCAUCUCUAUAGAACUGCUGUUUGACAAAAUCGCUAUUUUGUAGUUCAAAGUAAAUAAGGCAUACUUUUAUGACUGCUGAAUACCAACUAUCUAUCACUUUGAUCAUGUAUUUUCAGGUAGCGAUACCUGGCGAAGCAACAGCUGCUCUCUAUAUCCCCUCACAAUCGCACAUUCUUGUCUCUUCCGUAGCAGUUCUAAAAGAAAAACAGACCGGACAAGUAGAUGCUCAAUGGAUUAUGGUCAUUGUAGUUAAUUACCACGGUUUAUGCGCAAAACUAUGUAGAAUAUGGGCCAGUUCAGGCUAGGUCUGAUUUAUCUUUAGAGAAACUAUGCAAUGUUCGCAUUGAGCUCACAGAAAAAUGAACAAAAAACUAAAUGGAAUUCAAAUAAUUGAACUGACUUAAGUCAAUAAAUUGUUUAAAACCCCAAAAAUAACUGCAAUUUCAGUUAAUCGCUCUGCCCUAGAAGCGAAUGAUAAAAAUAUGUUUCAACUGAGAACAGAGAUUACUGCAUUAAGAGGCUACAUAGGCAUUUAACUCAACAAUAUUGAAAUCUAUUUCAUUUUCAUUCAAUUUAGUUAUAUUUUGCUAAUUGUAGGCUGCCUACUGUCUGUCACUUUGCCUCAAUAUGUGUCAUGAUGUGUAACAGCGUGUGCAAUGAUGUGCCAAAUCUUGAUUUAGUGCAUUAUUAUAGGGUAAGCAAAGCAUUAGAAUAAGCCGCCUCGAAAUUUGCAGCUGUGAUAAUAUCUUUGUAGGAGCUGACCCGUCGUCAGUAUUGUGGAAUAAUUCUAAUGUUAAGGUAAGAUUUGAAAUGAGAAAGCUGAUCUGAGAGCAGCGCUGACUUUCUUUCGAUCCUAUCAGGAUCUACUGUAUGCCUCAACGACGCGCUUAGUGAAUGUUCUCCCUGCGUGGUGUUUUGGCAAACGCAUGUUACAUCUUAGGCCAUUGUUGGAACGAGGCAUCGUUAAAACAAUCGUAAGCCUAAAUUACAUCGCUGUCAAGAAGCUGGGCCCUGUUCAAUCGUUGGGCAUCUUUUGAGUUCAAUAUCAUUACAAAAAAAAAAAGAUUUGGACAUUUUUUGCGUCAACAUUUUUCAGAGACAGCCAUGUAUGCAUUAAUGAAUCAAUUAUGAAAGCAUACAAUACAUUUGACUUUGUUUUUACCAAUCUAACUACAUAACAAUGUGGUAAGCAUUUAUUUGAAUGGUAAAUCUCUAUUGAUAAACUAGGUAAAUCAAGAUUUAGUCUAGGCCUAUCCACAAUACAGGUGAAUGCAUAUUCAAUAGGAGUGCGUGCAUGCAUUGACAUAUUGAGCUUGUUUUGUCUGAUUUCAUGGACUACAGAUGACAAUCAGUUUCCCUUCCAUUUGGGACUUAUUUUGUCCUUUAUACUGAGAAAGAACAUUUGAAUAGCUUCUUUUAUAAAAAUGUGCGUUGUGUCUUUAACCAGUAAUGAUGUUAUUCACUAGGCAAGAGGGGGUCAGCAAUAAUCUUUGGGAGAAACUUGAGAGGCAGAAUAAGUGAAUUAAUGUUUUUUUGUUGUCAAUCAGCUUUGAAAUCAGCAUGUUUUGUGCUAUGAUUUGCAUAUUAUCACAAAGUACUAGGGUAGUGAAUUGAUUUUAGCUGUCAGCUAACUAGGAAAGUUAGCCUACAAAGCUGGAAGCUACCGGUAUCUUCUUGCGUUUUAGUGUUCUAGUCUGUAUGGAUAUUGUUUUGUUAACAGUUUCAACAUUUUUACAUGCCGUGUUGCAUUAUUCAAGUGUGUUAACUUCUGCGUAGCAUGAGUGAGGAGCUAACAUGAUACAGCCCAGACUCCCAGUGCAGGCUAGCAAUGAGUAAGUGGAGCAGGCACGGUGCGCGCAAUAAGGGACGACAGCACUGAUAGAUAUGAGAAAUUUGACAAAAGUACCGACUGUAACGAAUUCGAGUAACAAACUGUUUUUCAUGAUCUAGUAACGAAAAGUACAUACGUUUCGCUAUACUGUGCAACACUACUAGCUAGCUAUACUGAACAAAAAUAUAAACGCAACAUGUAAAGUGUUGGUCCCAUGUUUCAUGAGCUAAAAUAAAAGAUCCCAGAAGUUUUCCAUACGCACAAACAGAUUAUUUCUCUCAAAUGUUGUGCACAAAUUUGUUUACAUCCCUGUUAGUGACCAUUUCUCAUUUGCCUAGAUAAUCCAUCCACCUGACAGGUGUGGCAUAUUAAAAAGCUGCUUAAAGAGCAUGAUCAUAACACAGGUGCACCUUGUGCUGGGGACAAUAAAAGGCCACUCUAAAAUGUGCAGUUUUGUCACACAGCACAAUGCCACAGAUGUCUCAAGUUUUGAGGGAGCGUGCAAUUUGAAUGUUCAUUUCUCUACCAUAAGAGAAAUGUCGUUUUAGAGAAUUUGUCUGUACGUCCAACCGGCCUCACAACCGCAGGCCACGUGUAACCAUGCCAGCACGGGACCUCCAUAUCCGGCUUCUUCACCUGCGGAAUCGUCUGAGACCAGCCAACCGGACAGCUGAUGAAACUGGGUUUGCACAACCGAAGAAUUUCUGCACAAACUGUCAGAAACCGUCUCAGGGAAGCUCAUCUGCGUGCUCGACGUCCUCACCAGGGUCUUGACCUGACUGCAGUUCUGCAUUCCCAGUCAUGUGAAAUCCAUAGAUUAGAGCCUAAUGAAUUUAUUUCAAUUGACUGAUUUCCUUAUGAACUGUAACUCAGUAAAAUCUUUGAAAUUGUUGCGUUUUAUUUUUGUUAAGUGUAGUUCGCAAGCUGCAUUUCAGCUAGCAAACAGGCACGCAAAGCUAACGUUAGAUUGCUACGUCGCAGGAGCAACACAAGACUGGGCCAUCUGCUGUUUUAUAUUAGCCAUAGCUAGCAAUCUAGCUAACAUCAUGGCAUUACUUGGGUAGUUAAUCUGAUUUCAAUCUGCAUGAAAUAUGAAGAAGCAGGGUAUUUGCUGCUACAUCAACUUGCAUCACUGCAUUGACCUUCUAGUUUAUGGUCUCUUAUGAUGCAUGUGACCAUCAAGUAAGACGUCACCGCAUUAUCGUCAUUACCUAGAUGCUAACAAUAAUGCCGUGAUUGUGUGUGGUCUGACUGGUUGUGGUUGAGAACACAGAACUUUCAGAUUUGUGGUAGUUUUCUAAUCAAAUGGCACCACCCACCUCCACUUUACCCUAGUUAGCUAUUGAUCCUUUAUCUGCAGGAAGAUGCUGUUGUCUCCCUGGACCUGCCCUGAACCCAUGCACUUAUUUGGGGUAUUGCUUUUGCACACCUGAGAUCUGUAGAGGAUUCACAACGUGGCACUGUCAUAGGAUGCCACCUUUCCAACAAGUCAGUUAGUCAAAUUUCUGCCCUGCUAGAGCUGCCCCGGUCAACUGUAAGUACUGUUAUUGUGAAGUGGAAACGUCUAGGAGCAACAACGGCUCAGCCGCGAAGUGGUAGGCCACACAAGCUCACAGAACGGGACCGCCGAGUGCUGAAGCACGUAAAAAUCGUCUGUCCUCGGUUGCAACACUCACUACUGAGUUUCAAACUGCCUCUGGAAGCAACGUCAGCACAAUAACUGUUCGUCGGGAGCUUCAUGAAAUGGGUUUCCAUGGCCGAGCAGCCGCACACAAGCCUAAGAUCAGUCGUGUGGUCAGGUGCCACAAAGAGGGACCUCGGAAAAUUACAAUUGGUUCAGAACAGGGCAGCACAGCUGGCACUUAAAUGUACACGGAGAGCUAACAUGAAUAAUAUGCAUGUAAAUCUCUCAUCGCUCAAAGUGAAGGAGAGAUUGACUUCAUCACUACUUGUUUUUGUAAGAAGUGUUGACAUGCUGAAUGCGCUGAGGUGUCUGUUUUUAAACUACUAGCAUACAGCUCGGACACCCAUGCAUACCCCACAAGACAUGCCACCAAAGGUCUCUUCACAAUCCCCAAGUCAAGAACAGACUAUGGGAGGCGCACAGUACUACAUAGAGCCAUGGCUACAUGGAACUCUAUUCCACAUUUGGUAACUGAUGCAAGCAAUAGAAUCAGAUUUUAAAAAACAGAUUAAAAAUACACCUUAUGGAACAGCGGGGACUUUGAGACACACACAGACACAUACACAUAAGACACGCACUCUACACACACGUGCACAUGGACGUUGUAUUGUAAAUAUGUGAAAGUGGAGUAGUGGCCUGAGGGAACACACUAAAUGUAUUGGGUAAAGUGUUAUGAAAUGUAAUGUCAUGUAAUAUUUGAAACUGUAUAUAACUGCCUUAAUCUUGCUGGACCCCAGAAAGAGUAGCUGCUAAUGGGGAUCCUUAAUAAAUACAAACACAAGGGUGAUUUUGGCAAACUUGCUUAGUUGUGAAUAGCCUAGGCUACAUACAUACAUAUACAGUCUAUGGCUCCAACCCAACCUAGGCUACAUUCUAUGCUUCCAUGUAAACGGGCUGUUAUUAUAAAAAGACAGAACAAAAAAUGUCUGCAUUUGAGAACAAUCAGAUACAGUGGCAUUUUUGGAAGAGUAUGUGGUCCUGGUGACAUUUGGGUCAACUCAAACACCUGUAUCUAAAGAACAGAUGGUUAAAUACCCAGAGUUUCCUGUUACCAAUGCCGAGCAAAGACCAAUGUAUCUAGUGAGUGCGAUGUGAUUCCUUUUUACAAGUGAAUAUUUUUUGGGUGAAAAAAUACAAAUAACGUUUUCUGUAAAACAUUUUUUCACACAUUAGUUGUCAUUGCUCUGUCAUCAUAUGGUUCACUCCCAACUUUUCCCUUCCCUUUAUGUGGUGGAACAUUCCAAACUCUGAAUUUUGAGGUUCAAAGUGUUAGUUCAUCAGAAAUUGCUUUUUUGUUUUGUUUCAGGUCCACGGCUAGCUCUGGCAAGAUUAUUGUCAGGUAAGCAGCAUCUCCUCUGUUAGUGCAGUGGAUGUAUAGGUCUGCCAAGCUCCAGCUAUUUGGGUUACUCUGCUCUAUCCUCAGCUUGUGCCUCUGUUGAAUUUUCCCAUUCACAGCAGUGCUUUGUUUUUCCAUUUGAACUCAGAUAUUUACUCUGUAACAGUUUUUAUACAAUCAACUCCUUCAACAAUAUUAAACUACUUUCAAAGAAUCCAGUGGGAUUGUCUAGACGCUAGGCUUAGAUUUGUUCCGUGCCAUAGAGUGAGAUGAGUUCUAUCUGUUUUAGAAAGCUAGGCCUAAUACUCCCUCCUCACAGGAGAACCCCUGAUGCUGUGACGUCUCAUGUUAAUCACACAUGGCACUGAGACGCUGACCCACUUAACACUGCUUCUGUGUUACUAAGGUGUAUAUAUACAGUGAGGGGAAAACAGUAUUUGAUCCCCUGCCGAUUUUGUAUGUUUGCCCACUGACAAAGACAUGAUCAGUCUAUAAUUUUAAUGGUAGGUUUAUUUGAACAGUGAGAGACAGAAUAACAACAAAAAAAUCCAGAAAAACGCAUGUCAAAUGUUAUAAAUGUAUUUGCAUUUUAAUGAGGGAAAUAAGUAUUUGACCCCUCUGCAAAACAUGACUUAGUACUUGGUUGCAAAACCCUUGUUGGCAGUCACAGAGGUCAGACGUUUCUUGUAGUUGGCCACCAGGUUUGCACACAUCUCAGGAGGGAUUUUGUCCCACUCCUCUUUGCAGAUCUUCUCCAAGUCAUUAAGGUUUCGAGGCUGACGUUUGGCAACUCGAACCUUCAGCUCCCUCCACAGAUUUUCUAUGGGAUUAAGGUCUGGAGACUGGCUAGGCCACUCCAGGACCUUAAUGUGCUUCUUCUUGAGCCACACCUUUGUUGCCUUGGCCGUGUGUUUUGGGUCAUUGUCAUGCUGGAAUACCCAUCCACGACCCAUUUUCAAUGCCCUGGCUGAUUGAUUGCUUCUGUGGACAGGUGUCUUUUAUACAGGUAACAAACUGAGAUUAGGAGCACUCCCUUUAAGAGUGUGCUCCUAAUCUCAGCUCGUUACCUGUAUAAAAGACACCUGGGAGCCAGAAAUCUUUCUGAUUGAGAGGGGGUCAAAUACUUAUUUCCCUCAUUAAAAUGCAAAUCAAUUUAUAACAUUUUUGACAUGCGUUUUUCUGGAUUUUUUUGUUAUUCUGUCUCUCACUGUUCAAAUAAACCUACAAUUAAAAGUAUAGACUGAUCAUGUCUUUGUCAGUGGGCAAACGUACAAAAUCAGCAGGGGAUCAAAUACUUUUUUCCCUCACUGUAGAUAACUGCCAAAAUAAAGGAAACACCAACAGUGUCUUAAUAGGGCGUUGGGCCUCCAGAACCGCUUCAAUGCGCCAUGGCAUAGAUUCUAAGUGUGUGGAACUCUAUUGGAGGGAUGUGACACCAUUCUUCCACAAUAAUUUGGUGUUUUGUUGAUGGUGGUGAAAAACCGUCCCAGACGCUCCAGAAUCUCCCAUAAGUGUUAAAUGGGGUUGAGAUCUGGUGACUGAGAGACACACCCUUUAAACCACCUAUGCUCCUUUGAGACCCCUCUUUGAAAGUCACUGAGAGCUCUUCUAGCCAUUGUAGCCAAAUAACUGGGCAUUCUUAUGCAUGACCCUAAGCGUGAUGAUAUGUUAAUUGCUUAAUUAACUCAGGAACCACACCUGUGUGGAAGCACCUGCUUUCAAUAUACUUUGUAUCCCUCAUACGUUUGUAUUUUAUUUUGGCACUUACAUUUAUGGCUAGACACUAAAAUAAGGUUUUACUGUAGGCCUAUGUCUUGUCAUGACCCCUUUAGGCUACCUCUUCUUUAUUUUUAUUUUUUAUAGAGGCUUAUUUUAGAUAAAUUGUUAGGCCCUAAUGCAUGUCUCUCACUUCUCCUGUUUCUCAUAUUUUUGUUUGUAAGCGCAGUUCUCAAUAACACUCACAAUGAUGACCCCUGUUUGUUGUUUUAGUUAUAAGGAUUUGAGUCUUGUUUAGUAGCUACUCUGAUUUGAUUUUAAGCACCAGACCUGAAUUGAACUCAGUCAGAAUACUUGAGAGAUAUUGCUGCAUAACUGAAUUCCCAGAAAUAUUUUCCCUUUGUUUUUCCCUUGAUGGUUUCUUUUAUUCAUUUGUUUCCCAGAAAAUGUUCAUUAUUUUAAGCAACGGGUGCAUUGUUAUUGUAAUGUUCAUGAUCAAUUGUGAAAACUAUCACUAGACAGGGGUAUGUAUCUAAGUAAUGAUACUAAAAGCUGGAAAUGCUCAAUAUUUCAUAGACUUGUCUUUCAGUGUUGGUAAGCAAAAUUGAGAGAACAAAAGCUGUGUUGCAGUGGCCAUGUCAAGACUACAGGGGGUGCUGUGUGAUGUUAGCCUCCCUCUGUGCUGUGUUUCAGAGCUGCGCUGCAGCCCUGGGCAGUUUGCCUGCCUCAGUGGGAAGAUGCAAUGCAUCCCCUUGUCCUGGCAGUGUGACGGCUGGACUGCUUGUGAGGACAAGAGCGAUGAGUUGGACUGCCCCCGUGAGUAACACCUCUUUAUCCCUUUACCUAGACCUCAACCUGAACUCUAGUCCCCUUCCCAAAUAAUCAUGAUACUGUAAGUACAUUUUCAUUAUUGCAUGCUCUAUUGUGAAAGACAGAGACUUCGUACAUCCCCAAAAUACUAUAAAUUAGGCUAAUCUUGAACAGCUCAGAGCAGCUCUAAAUUUCUUAGAAAACAACUUUCUAAAUGUCAGGGGAAACACCAAACUCACUGAGUACAUACAGUGGUGAAAAAAAGUAUUUAGUCAGCCACCAAUUGUGCAAGUUCUCCCACUUAAAAAGAUGAGAGAGGCCUGUAAUUGUCAUCAUAGGUACACGUCAACAAUGACAGACAAAAUGAGAAAAAAAAUUCAGAAAAUCACAUUGUAGGAUUUUUAAUGAAUUUAUUUGCAAAUUAUGGUGGAAAAUAAGUAUUUGGUCAAUAACAAAAGUUUCUCAAUACUUUGUUAUAUACCCUUUGUUGGCAAUGACACAGGUCAAACGUUUUCUGUAAGUCUUCACAAGGUUUUCACACACUGUUGCUGGUAUUUUGGCCCAUUCCUCCAUGCAGAUCUCCUCUAGAGCAGUGAUGUUUUGGGUCUGUCGCUGGGCAACACGGACUUUGAAAUGCUUCUUACGAAGCCACUCCUUCGUUGCCCGGGUGGUGUGUUUGGGAUCAUUGUCAUGCUGAAAGACCCAGCCACGUUUCAUCUUCAAUGCCCUUGCUGAUGGAAGGAGGUUUUCACUCAAAAUCUCACGAUACAUGGCCCCAUUCAUUCUUUCCUUUACACGGAUCAGUCGUCCUGGUCCCUUUGCAGAAAAACAGCCCCAAAGCAUGAUGUUUCCACCCCCAUGCUUCACAGUAGGUAUGGUGUUCUUUGGAUGCAACUCCGCAUUCUUUGUCCUCCAAACACGACGAGUUGAGUUUUUACCAAAAAGUUAUAUUUUGGUUUCAUCUGACCAUAUGACAUUCUCCCAAUCCUCUUCUGGAUCAUCCAAAUGCACUCUAGCAAACUUCAGACGGGCCUGGGCAUGUACUGGCUUAAGCAGGGGGACAUGUCUGGCACUGCAGGAUUUGAGUCCCUGGCAGCGUAGUGUGUUACUGAUGGUAGGCUUUGUUACUUUGGUCCCAGCUCUCUGCAGGUCAUUCACUAGGUCCCCCCGUGUGGUUCUGGGAUUUUUGCUCACCGUUCUUGUGAUCAUUUUGACCCCACGGGGUGAGAUCUUGCGUGGAGCCCCAGAUCGAGGGAGAUUAUCAGUGGUCUUGUAUGUCUUCCAUUUCCUAAUAAUUGCUCCCACAGUUGAUUUCUUCAAACCAAGCUGCUUACCUAUUGCAGAUUCAGUCUUCCCAGCCUGGUGCAGGUCUACAAUUUUGUUUCUGGUGUCCUUUGACAGCUCUUUGGUCUUGGCCAUAGUGGAGUUUGGAGUGUGACUGUUUGAGGUUGUGGACAGGUGUCUUUUAUACUGAUAACAAGUUCAAACAGGUGCCAUUAAUACAGGUAACGAGUGGAGGACAGAGGAGCCUCUUAAAGAAGAAGUUACAGGUCUGUGAGAGCCAGAAAUCUUGCUUGUUUGUAGGUGACCAAAUACUUAUUUUCCACCAUAAUUUGCAAAGAAAUUCAUUAAAAAUCCUACAAUGUGAUUUUCUGGAUUUUUUUCCCUCAAUUUGUCUGUCAUAGUUGACGUGUACCUAUGAUGAAAAUUACAGGCCUCUCGUCUUUUUAAGUGGGAGAACUUGCACAAUUGGUGGCUGACUAAAUACUUUUUUUCCCACUGUAUGUUUUCUUAACGUCUUUCAUUGAGAGCUUUGUUUUUAAAAAUCAGUUUUGGGGUGAUACAUAUAUUCGGCGCAUGUGACAAUAAAAUAAUGGGUGUAGACUUUACUGUGAAAUGCUUACUUACGAGUCCUUUCCCAACAAUGCAGAGUAAAAAAUGUAAGAACAUUUGCAAAUAAAAAUAGAAAAUAGUUACACAAUAAAUAAGUCUAUAUACAAGGUGUACCGGUACUGAGUCAAUGUGCAGGGCUACGAGGUAGAGGUAAUAUGUAGGUAGGAGUAAAAGUGACUAUGCAAUCAGGAUAGAUGAUAAACAGAGUAGCAGCAGUGUAUGUGGAGAGUGUGUGUGUGAGCAUGUGGGUAGGGUCCGGUGAAUGUGCAUAGUCGGUGUAAGAGAGUCGGUGCAAAAAAAGGGUAAAUAGUCUGGUUAACCAUUUUGAUUAACUGUUCAGCAGUCUUAUGGCUUGGGUAGAAGCUGUUCAGGUGCCUUUUGGUCCCAGACUUGGUGCUCCGGUACCACUUUUUGUGCGGUAGCAGAGAGAACAGUCUGUGGCUUGGUUUGCUGGGCUCUUUGUCAAUUUUCCGGCCCUUCCUCUGUCACCGCCUGGUAUAGAGGUCCUGGAUGGCAGGGAGCUCCGCCCCAGUGAUGUACUGGGCCGUCCGCACCACCCUCUAAUGCCUUGUGAUCGAGGACAGUGCAGUUGCCAUACCAAGCUGUGAUGCAGCCAGCCAAUAUGCUCUCAAUGGUGCAGCUGUAGAACUGCAAUGUGGUUAGAUAUUGCAGUAGUAAGCGAUUUUAAGGAAAUCCUAUUGUUUCCGCUUCUUAAUUCCUGAACUAGCGCUGAUCCCUGGAUCGCUGGCUGCGUUAUAGGAAUUAUGGAAAGGAUUGGGUACACACACAGCAUCUGACCUCCAUAACACCUUCUUGUUUCAUCUGGACUGUGUGCAUAUUACAUUAUUUGAUAAAUGGUGGCAAAAGCAGUCAAAACAUUUGACUUUAUUUUUUGUCAUGAGAAACAACUACCGUAUUUUCCGCACUAUAAGGCGCACUUAAAAGCCUUUAAUGUUCUCAAAGGACAGUGCGCCUUAUAAUCCGGAGCGCCUUAUAUAUGGAUCAAUUGGUUAAUUGGUUGAUCCAUACUGGUUGUACACGGCGCUCAAGGCGCUCUGUCAAAAUGUUGCAGUAUGAAAAACCAAUAAAAACAAUUUAAUAAUAAUGAAAUGUUUCAGUACGACUGGUAAACUACAAAGCCGCACCGCUUGCAGCAUUACGGCUACCGUAGUCAGUAAACACAGGUACUGUGCUUACUCACAGUCCCACACCACUUGUGUGUGUAUAAAGACCCCAAAAUUGUUGUCAGAACGCUUAAUAAAGUUUGACUUUAUCUGACUGUUUUGUUGACAUUCCCUUUAGCACAGCUCCAUCUAGUGGAUGCAUAACGCAACCCCAGUCAAACGUUUGACUGCAGUAUCUUCUAUUCUAUGCGCCUUAUAAUCCGGUGCGCCCUAUAUAUGAAAACAGUUCUAAAAUAGGCCAUUCAUUGAAGGUGCGCCUUAUAAUCCGGUGCGCCUUAUAGUGCGGAAAAUACGGUAAUGUUUUUGCAGUUGAUGACCCGUGAAUGGGCUGAAAGGGCAGUUUCUCCAUCCCCUAAUAAGUUCCUUGAGUACAAACAAAGUUGUCUUCAGAAGGUUUUUUUAUGAACUGCAGCCAGUAGCCACUGUACAUUCCUUUUAUUGAAACACUGCUUACACUCUGUUAUAUUUCUCUCUCGCUCGGAUCCUCCCUCACAGCCAUGAAGGAGGAGACGUUUCACUUUGCCAAUGGGUUUGACCAAGUGGAAGAUGUAAUCGGCGUGGCCCAGCCUAUGCGCUUUAACAGUAAGACCCCACCUAACUACCUCCAUCAUUCAUUCACUCAGUACUCAUCCAAAAAGAUGAGCUAGAGAGAUUUUAAAACAAUAUCUAAACUACUGGAAGUGUUGUUGCUGAAAGAACAGAUGGAAAGCUUUGUUACUGGACAUAGGCCUACUGUAAGAGCACUAAAGCACAUUUACCUCCACAGAGAAGUGCCCUAGUGGGUGGCAUCACUACGAGAAGACAGCCAGCUGCUACAAAGUGUACCUGAGGAAUGAGAACUACUGGCAGGCUGUGGACACAUGCCAGAAAGUCAAUGGCUCGUUGGCGACCUUCGUUACCAACGAGGAACUGCAGUUCAUCCUCAAGAUCGAGGUUGAUUUCGACGAGAAAGUGUGCGAGCGCAGAGACCAGUGCAAGUGAGUAUGUGUUUGCUAAGGAUGGGUUACGUGAAGUGAUAUAGUGUUGAUCUGAAUGCCUGAAGGCUGAUGCUUUACUGUCCCAGAGUCAUUUGUUAUUAUUUCAUCCACUUUCUCUCUGAUUCAGGUUCUGGGUGGGAUACCAGUAUGUCAUAACCAAUCGGAACCAUUCACUGGAGGGCCGUUGGGAGGUGGCUUAUAAAGGUGGGUGCAGUUAAUUUGAAUGAAAAGGAGCAGUUGCAACUCAAGGAGCACUCAUUGUCAUGCUCAAACCACCAAAGCAAUAAACCUGUAUUUGGCUUAAGGUUAAUCUUGUUCCCUUCUCUGUUCCCUUACAGGGUCGAUGCAGGUGUUCCUGCCCCCGGAGGGCCUGACUAACUUUGGAGAGGCAUCUCCGACCCAGGACAACGUUUUCUGUGCCCAGCUGCAGCGCUUCCAGAUCAAGAGCAUGAACGAGCGCGGCCUUCAUAGCUGGCAUGCCGAGAACUGUUACAAAAAGUUCCCCUUCCUGUGCAAGAGGAGUAUGUCUGCUCUUAUUAAAACCCAAUGACCUAUGCAGCUUCACAGGAGAUCAAAGUAGCUUGAUUGUAACAAGUGUAGAUGCUCAGUUGAAACUUGGUUGUUUGAGUCAUAAGAUUCAAUAAAUUCUGUAUCAAAAGUCUUGGGUGCUGUAAUGUGUACGUAAAUUAGGGAAGUCCAGCGUUCUAUGUUAGUGUAGGUAUAGUUUUUUGUUUGGUUCUGGUUGUAAACCUUUGAUUUUCUUUAACAGGGCAGACAUGUGUGGACAUAAAGGACCAGGUGGUGACCGAGGGGUACUACUUCACCCCUAAGGGGGAAGACCCGUGCCUGAGCUGCACAUGUCACGACGGCGAGCCAGAGAUGUGUGUGGCCGCGCUGUGUAAUCGGCCAGAGGGCUGCAAGCACUUCGGCAAGGACCCCAAGGAGUGCUGCAAGUUCACCUGCCUGGACCCAGGUACUGCCUAAACACACACAAUUCCCUAUAAAAAAAAAAAACUAGAAACAAUGGAUGUUUGUGAAUGUCCCACAAGGUGGAGCUCUUAACACAUCUCACUUGUCAUGCACCUCAAUGUUUGGCACUAGUUUCAGAAGACGGAAGUAAAUGGACAAAAGGAUAUUUAAAAAAAACAUUUGAAUUGUAUUAAAAUGUGGACCCGCUGUCUUUUAGAAGGCAGCAGCCUGUUUGACUCCAUGGCCAGUGGGAUGCGUCUGAUCGUCAGCUGUAUCUCCUCCUUCCUCAUCCUCUCUCUGCUGCUCUUCAUGGUGCACAGGCUCCGGCAGCGCAGACGUGAGCGCAUCGAAACACUCAUUGGAGGAAACCGUAAGCGUCAUAUAAUCGCACUCAUGCAAAACAACGAAUGUCACCAAGCUCACUGCCAUCCCUUGAAGAAACAGCCCUGUUUGGUCUUUUAACAAACACAGGGAACACCUCUCCUAGCUAGCCUGUAUUAGCCUCUAGCCUCAGGUACUUCAGUGUAUUCGCAUUUUAUUUGUGUUUCAUUUGUGAGUGUCCGUCUACAUUGGUUUCAAUUAGCGGAAAUGUUGUCUCACUCUCUUUUUCUUGGCACUCUCUAUCCUCAGUGCACCAUUUCAACCUUGGACGGCGAGUCCCAGGCUUUGACUAUGGCCCGGACGCUUUUGGCACUGGCCUCACUCCCCUUCACCUCUCUGAUGAUGGAGAGGGAGGCGCAUUUCAUUUCCAGGAACCUCCCCCACCCUACGCUGCCUACAAAUACCCUGACAUCCAGCACCCAGAUGACCCCCCUCCUCCCUACGAAGCCUCCAUCAACCCCGACAGCUUGCUCUAUAUGGACCUGGGUAGGCCCAAAAUAACUUAUGGACCACCCUGUGUUCUUAAUGUUUCCGUGAUUUACUCACUUCCUGUGAUAGAACAGUUGUGAUUUUUACUAGAUACUAUGUUAAGUAUCUAGCUGUUUCUGAACCCUGUCCUCACUGUUCUCCACAGCACGCCAUGGGGUUCAGAUGAUCCCAAGUCAGAUGAGGGAUGUGGUAGAUGCCAUGACAGACGCCCCAGCACUACCUGUCCCCGAGCCAGAGUCUGUGCCAAUGUCCUCCCAGGAGCGGGAGGACUCCAUCGACAGCAGUACCCUCCUGGUGGGGCCUGACACCCCCACUGACGGCCACGCCCCUGACUCCAUGCCUGCAGACUGCAGCAGCAGCUCCUCCCUCAGCACCAUGGUAUAGGACUGAGAGGAGGGGGAGGGGAGCUGCUAUGGUCUGGACCCACAGAUUGAGAGAGGUGGACAGUGGCAGACUAUGGAGGGUGGACUGGAGCGGACUGGUCCAUGAGGGGAGGGUGAGGAGAGACUGGAAUGGCAAAAGACAGAGGAUAGAGAUUGUAUCAGGAUGGAUUGCGGGACCAGUCUACUCCUUGAGGUGGGCAGCGGUGAGGAGAAUCGGACUGGUAUGUUUCUUAAACAGGUGAAUUGAAACUGGUCGGGUGUCUGUCAGAAACGUAUCCUCUACAGUUGAACUUGGAGAAAUGGAGUGGAGCAGAUCGCUUUCCUACAGGUGAGCACAGACCAGCGAAUAAGGAUCUGGAAGACUGAUUCUGUACAGAGAACUAACAACACUACACCAGGCCGAGGAGGCUGAGCUUCUGCUUCUAGUUGUCAUUGGACAAAGCUUUUGAAUUGUAUUGUUUGAGCUUCAUGCUCAAGAUUGCCCCCAAUGUAAAUACUCCCUCAAGCAUUACACCAGGUAAUAAUGACGGAGGCGGUAGAUGGCUUGCGUCUUUCUGCUUAUGUCCUGGAGGUAGAGGCUGAGACAGAGCUUGGAUUAUUGUUUGUUGGAUUUACAGCAUGACGCGUGACUCGAAGCGCCGUGUGCUUCUGCUCUCCCUCCCAACUACAUCUCCAAGUCUCCUCCAUGAAUGAAAUGCAUUAAUUUUCCAUCACAAGCACCGCCUCCGAACUGGGAUUUCUGCACUCUCCAAUCAAUCUGAUAUGCUAAGACGUCUUCCAGAUUGAUGGCACAAAUUUGAAUAUGAAAAUUAAAGUUUCUGCUACAAAAGGUUUUUUAACCUUGCAAAAAUAUUUAGGUACGGUUAGUGUUAACUCCAACUAACACUCGAACUUACUGUGUUUUUUGAAAUAAAUGCUACAACUUUUCAAAUAAUCUUGCUACAAUAUUGAAUUUCAUUUAUGAGUUCUAAUUGAAUAAGGUUGAGUAUUGUGCCCUUUUCUUGGGGAGGAAGUAGGCUGUGAAUUGUUUAUUGUGGGAUCUGAACAUUGAUGAUGGGUCCCCCACCUUAGUCAAUGAGUUCACCUCAUGAAGAGAAUGUCAAUGAAUGAUGAGUGUGAAUUAAGGUUAGCUUUUCAUUUGUAGCUCGUAGCAAUGUGUAAUGGUUACUUACUGUUUUAUACCCCAUCAUGAAAUGUGUAAAAGUAAACUUCUUAAGAUAAAGUGUUCUCCUCAUGAAAUCAUAUUAACAAUUAAUACUAAAUUAAUUAUGUCUUCAACUGUCUGUUACUUGACUGUACGUAUGUGUGAGGGUUUGUAUGUACACAAAUUAAUCAAUUGUCAUUUUUGGAAGCCAUCAUUGAAUCCGCUGUAUUUCUUUUCUUACCAAUGUACAUGGUCAUCUCAGUGUAUUUAAGAUUCAGACUAUAACAUGACAUUGGCGAUUUAACUGUUUAGAUUUUAACAGUAGCCUAAAUGGCAUUGGGUGGUUAACCCCAUUUCUCCUGUUGCAUGAUGACAGACAGGAAAGUCUAAUGCAGUAGUGAAAAAGCUACUAGGAAAACCAUAAUUUGAUCCCAUUAUGACAAUCAUUCUAUACAGUCAUGAGGUAUAUACUCUAGACCUGUGAGAGCCCUGUUGCUUGUUCACCUGUGGCGUUGAAAGGUCAAAGGAGUUGGAAGGCUACAAUGGAAGGCCUAUGAAAGCACAAAGACCCCUAUAAGGAUUUUGGAGCCAGUUUGGUCCAAGCCCUUACCAGCCAGGAUCUGCAUAGCAUGCUCAUCUAUAUGGCUUUAGUCUAUCACCAGCAGCACUGAAAUGGCUGAAGAUCCAUCUUGAGAAUUGCAGCUUUGUGUGUACCAUGUGUUUAUGUACAGUUGUAUGUAUGUAUGUAUGUAGCAUUACAUUAGUUUUUUUAUUUUCUUUGGUAGGUCUCAAGUUUGUUUUGUAUUACAUUUUUUUUAGCAUAGACAAUCCUUUUGGGGAUUAUCCAAGGAAAUCAUGUCUUGAAUUGUUACAAAAAUGUAUCUUAAACUUUGGUGUGUGUGCAUGUGUGUUUGGUGGUCAGCUCUCCAUCUUUGGUUUGAGUGUGUUUUUAGGACCUAUAGUGCAUGUUUUAGUCUUUAGGCAUGCUGAGAGAACAUAUUUCCAACAGAUUUAUAAUUUUAAACAGUUCUACUCAUCUUGGCCCAGGCUUAGCCCAGAGGCUUACCUACAGGUUGAUGUAGAUAAAUGCGUUGGAACCCCUGCUCCAACCCCAACUGCUGGAUUUGCACUGUAGUUGAUUUGUUAUGAUAGACAAUGGUGGCGUGUAAAAUAAACUUUCAAUGAGUUAGAACAUGAUGUAUGUAAAAUGCAACAGUUGAUACAUUUAGUUGUAUUCUCUUUAAGUUCAUAGCUUUUAAAUUGUAUUUUUUUUUGCUUCUUUUGCAGGGGGCUCUUAUGUAUUUUUCUGAGGUAGAUGUACAUCUAAUCAAAUGCCAAAUAAAUUGUAUCAUGAAGGACA